GAUGUUCGUGUGUUUGCUGAUCAUCUCGGUACUGGGAAUUCCACUUAAUGUGUUUGUCCUGAUGGUUUUCUGUCUCCACAAGAAGGCUUGCACUGUGCCCGAGAUCUACAUGAGCAACCUGGCUGCUGCCGACCUUGUCCUGGUGUCCUGUUUGCCUUUCUUGGCUGUGUAUGUAGGCAACAAAUUCCACUGGCUCUUUGGUAGUUUCUUGUGCAAACUGGUCCCCUUUUCCAUCAUCAUGAACAUGUGCUGCAGCAUCUACUUCCUCGUUCUGGUCAGUUUAGAUCGUUACAUGGCACUGGUGCACCCAUUGACUCUUGAAAGACUGCGUAGGCCAAAGUAUGCCAAACUGAGUUGUGUGGUGGUGUGGGUUGUGGGCCUACUCCUUAAUGUCCCCAUGUUCAUCUUCCCGGAGGGGUAUUAUUCCUAUCAAACAAAUACCACAUCGUGCGAUUUUAAAUUUCUAGUGACCGAUGUACUGCUGUAUGACAUAAUGAUGAUCAUAUUCAGCUUCAUCAUCCCUAUUUCCAUUAUUUUCUACUGCACUUUCAAGAUUAUUCAAGCUCUGAAUAACCGGGUAAUGCACGGGUUAAACACUCAGAAAAUGGAGAAGAAGGCCACCACUCUGGUCCUGGUGGUCGUCUUUGCAUUCCUGAUCUGCUGGGUACCAUACUAUCUGAUAAUAGUAACAUUACUACUGUUCUACAAUACUGAAAUCUUGGAUGGGUGCAUCUUUUUCGAGUUCCUACUAGA